AAAGGCAGGUGAGAAUCUAGAAAUCGGAAGCUAAAUAUCUUAGCUUAUACACUGUGCUUUCAAAUAACAUCGACAUGUAAAGAGGUGGAGGAUUCUGGAGUGGCUGGAUACUGUCACUUUUUUUAAUAAUUAUGUGCUGCUUAGCAGAUAUGGCAGACAAUCUGACUAUUCCUUUUAGCAGGCUGCAUGUUGUCACAUUGUCUGGUCUUGUGCUGCUGGAAAGAUGAGAAAGAAGUUUGGUUUAAUGCUGUGGAUAACGGGCAUUCAUUUAAAACAACGUGGCAGGCUCUAAACCUGAUCCUGCUCUAGUACAGGUCAAUUAGAGCAGGAUCAAAAAGCUGUUCCAUCUACACGUUCAUUACUGCAGGAGCAGAUCUGAAGAAAAGAAAUCAUGAGCCUGUUGGGCCUGUGCGAAUAUUUCUGCUUAUCAUUAAUUGGUAAUUAUUUUUAGGCUAUUCAGUGGUACACCUAAGCUUUUCCUGUACCAGUGACGCAUUUUACUAAUGACAUUUUAGUUUAUUAAUGUGAUCAGAGAAGUCAGCCCAUGUCAGGGAAUUAAUUAUUAACUUGCAGACAGUCUCAUUUGGGGCUUCAGAAUCCGGUUGUCAAAUGAAUUAAUGAAGAAAAUAAAUGUGUCAGUCUCUGUCUGGGAAGUUGUUUUUUUUCCCAUUUGUCUGUGUGGGUUUUUUUUCAGAUCAGGGUGACUGUUUGGACGCAUCUAGUCCGCAGCACACCUCCAUGUGAAAGCUAUCUAAAUGUUUAAAAGUGAGACAAUCAAUUUUUCUGAUUUAAUUUCACCUGUCAUACUCCAGUGAAUAUAAUGGAAGAUCCUAUUGUUUAGAAAUUUCAAAAUACAGGUUGACAAAACCAGUGCUGUGUAUGGCAAAAUGGUGUGUCAGGUGGCGCUCAUGAUUGCCCGUGUUGAUGAUGGAAUGGGACACCUCACCUAUGAAAACAGGCUGAGGGAGAUGGAGCUGUUCAGCCUGUAGAAGAGAAGACUUGCGAGGUUAACAAUGGUCCGUAGUGGAAAAAAUGGUGGACUCCACCUGAAGCAGAUUGCAUACUACAAAAGAACGGGGGAGUAUCAUCCCACAACACUAUCAAGUGAAAGAAGUGGAAUCAGAAGAGCAGCCAAAAAAUUUGUUUUCAAAGAAAAUAAAUUGUUCUAUGUUGGAAAAGACAGAAAACAAAUGCGCCUAGUAAUUGUCUCAGAUGAAGAAAAGAAAAAGGUGCUUCAGAAAUGCCAUGAAAAUGCUGCAGGCACUCAUCACGGCAUAUCAAGGACGCUGACUUUAGUGGAAGCUAAUUAUUACUGGACCUCUGUUACAAAUGAUGUCAAACAGUGGGUGUAUGCGUGCCAGCAUUGCCAAGUGGCAAAGAGUACAACCACCACCACACUCAAACCAUACCCUAUCAAAGCAGAAGACCCCUGGACAGCAGUCACUGUAGCCUUAAUGGGUCCAUUUAGAGCUACCAAAAGAAGCCACAAGUAUGUCAUAGUCAUGAUAGAUUUGUUCACAAAAUGGACUGUUAUCUUGCCUCUGCGUGAUACUUCAGCAGCUGAAAUAGCUAGGGCAAUCAUCAGUGUGUUUUUCUUAUAUGGACCACCUCAAAAAAUGCCUAUUGACCAAGGGAAGGAGCUUGUUCACCAGAUAAACAAAGAACUAUUUGCACUGUUUGGAAUGAAACAGAUAGUAUUGUCUUAUCCUCAAACCAAUGAAGUGAGUGAAAGAACAUGCAAGACAGUCAAAGCUUUUCUUAACAAAUACUGCAUAGAUCAUCCAAACGAUUGGGAUGAACAUUUGUCUGCUAUUGCCUAUGCUUUCAAUUUGACUAAUUUGGAGCCAGAUGAAAACACCCCUUAUUUCCAAAUGUUUAGUCGUAACCCGUAUGUUGUUGAACCAAUGAACAUAUGUGUGGAAGGAGAAGACAACAUGUUUGCGAAAAUAUUUGAAGCAACUAGAAGAGCUAAUCGAGCACUUGAAGAAGAGAAAACCUCAAAUGGCCAGGUGGAGAAAACCACUUCAGAUGAACAGAAACCUAGAAAUAAAAUCAACAUCAGAAGAAAGCCAAAGCAAUUAAGUACCCUUCGACUUAAAGUUGGUCAUGAAGUCCUCAGACAAAGAAAAAAUUGGUGGAAAGAUGGUCGUUUCCAGUCAGAAUGGGUUGGUCCUUGUAUUAUAGAUUAUAUUACAGAAAAUGGCUGUGCAAUAUUAAGAGAUGCCACAGGAUCCAGGUUGAAAAGGCCCAUCAAGAUGUCUCACCUCAAGCCGUACGUAAGAGGGUCCAAUGAAAAAGAUGACCACUACUUUUUACAAGAUGCAAUAGUUGUUGACCAUGACUACACAGGCUUAUCUGAGAGAUCCUAUAACGCAGGCCAGCAGGAGCCUGCUGCUGAAGAGGAAAUAAAUGCCUAUGUGAGAAGUGUCACGUCUGCUGUGCAAACACCACCUUCAGCCUGCAAAGACCAAGAAUCAGCAGAUGGUGGACAUCAGUCUGAGAUGACAGAAGAUCAUUGCGUUGAACCAAACAAUGCAAAGCCAGCACAAUGGCCUUCACCUUGCUGGACACUUCAGACCAAGAUAGAAGAUUCUUAAGCAGGCUCAUGGCUUUUCAUUGACAAACAGUUUGGAGUACAUGUGGCAGACAGACAAAGUUUGAAUAGUUCCAAGUUCCUCAGCCAAAUCCACUUUGCUGUAUGAAUUUAAGAAUACUGAAGUGGGCAUUAAAAAGCAAUCACUCUGUUAACAAAAUGUAGGCACAACCUGGUGAAAGCACGUGUUCUACUGUAUAUACUUAAAAACAAGUAAAUGACCAGCGUUAAUUGAAAUGGACAUUGAGAAGUAAGCAUUCAAUUACCAGUACUGUCACAGCAUGGUAAAAGCACGUGUUCUCAUCAUGCCUUUGUAGCUCAGUUUAUGUUAGUAAAAUGAUUAUAAGUCCCAGCUUUACUGUUACCCUCUCAGGACACAACAUAUUUCGCUGUAAUGACCUUUUCAUUAGUCCUCAUGUGACUCAUUCCUAACAGGCAGAAGUGUUGUGGGAUGCACAUAAUCUAAACAACAGAAAUUCUGUCUUCCCUGUAGAAGGGCAAAGAAACUGAUAUAACAGGAACAGGAAGUUUCUUUUCCUUUUAUAAAACUGUUUUUUAUUGUUCGUAAGAAGCUGCAAGCUCUGAUUUUUACGUCUUUGAAUUUAUACUCUAGUCCAUAGCUCUAAGGUGUCACAAAACUGUAAAGCUGCCAAAAGUACAGGUAAUAUUUUGCAUAUGGAACAGCAAGGCCUUCAGCUGCUCCCUUGCUCAUCAAAACUCUGCUAGGAGAGCAGUUUCAGUUCCUCACGUAUGCCAAAAUCAUAAGAGCAGUCAGCAUUUAUUUGUUCUUUCCUCACAAGCAUCUGGUUUCCCUGAGUGAUACAUCUUCCCAGAGCUAGCAUAGAUUGGGAGAUUACUGCUGACAGUGCCCAGGGAAAGGUGAGGAAUGGUGUUGUUCAUUCUCUGAAUUCAUUGGAUAAGUUGUUGCAGGCCUGGACUUCCUGCCAGGAAGACUGUAUUUCUUGGUAAGAUUAAAAUGUGGCUGUUCCUAAAGUCAGCUGAGCAAAAACUCUCAUGUGGAAAACUGAUGAGUGCAAGCUGUUCCCUUUAUAGGGGAGUGACAGGAAGAAGAAGAAUGCUAGCAAGGGGCUGAAUUUAGAAAUGGAGCAGCAUCCAUUUGAUACUGCAGAAGACUUUCUUCUCCUGCCCUCUGAACACCUGGCAUUCCUUACUGUCUCUGCUGCUGACUACCAUAUGGCAUUUAAUGCAGGUGGCUUUUAGAUUAAAGGACUAGUUAUAAUGGUAGUCUGUAGAGAAAACCUGGAAGAGGAAAGUAGUAUUUAUUAAAGGCUUUUAUUAAAUUUAGGUAAAAAGACUUUAUCCACAAGUCUGAUUAGGUACCCAGCUCAUGUAGGAACUCAUACCUUUUACAUGGCGUGCCUGUGGUGUAACGGUUCAAAGCUAAGUGAAAGAACAAUAUUCCAGGAUCUGAUCUUAAAAUCCAUCUAAAAAUGCUUUCUUUUCCCUGCGUAUGUUUUCCCUGUUGAGACUGUUUCAGAAGGCAGGAGCCAGGCUCACAGGCUGUGCCAGCAAAGCUCUAUUUGUUACUCGUGCACAGUUCCGUGGAGCUCUUUUCUAUGGCGGGUGCAUGGGGGAGCUCUGGCAUAACACAUGCUGUGUGCUUGUUGUAGCUACACUGGAGAAAAAUAAAAUGCUAAGCUGACAGUAGAAUAGGAAAAACAGUACCCAUUUAACAGUCUGUGUAAUGCUGAUCAUUCAAGUUUCCUGGUAAUGAUGGUCUACUGCAUUAACAGGCAAGCAUUAGUGCCCCUUGGGUGCACUAAAAUGAGGCCUUCUUUGCACAUAGGAUGUUUAGUGAAAAAAGGAGAGGGUUUUCAAGGUAAUGAUUCGAAAAACAAUCACUGGAAACUGUGGAAAGGAUACCACCAGGAAACCUGAGACAUGGCAAAUAGCACACGGUGCUCUGGGAAACUGGAGGAAGCUUCCACCCUCGCCCUGGGUAAGCGCUGCACAGUGCACGCUUGUCAGCAUGGUGAGCACAAACCUUCUCAGUGAAUGCAAAAGUGCCCAUCUGCAACCAGGCAUGAGGGCUUGUUUUAUGUGGGACAGUAGCAGAAGACUCUUAUUCCCUGUCAGAAUUCUUAGAAAUUCUGUUCUUUAAUAGAGUUUGUGCCCCCUCGUGACAAGUUGUUCAGGAGAUAGAAGAGCACAGCAUGAAAUAACAGCUAAUUUGCUCGCACCUCCCAGCAUUUUUUGGUUUGAUUUUGGCACCAAUUAUCAGCUAGCAACUAGUUAGAUGAAAAACGCGUCAAGGAAAAACAAACAAAAAAAGAGAAACAAUUUGCUGGUGAAAAGCCUCUGUAUGAACACUCAAAGUAUUGAAUGAAGAACCAUAUCUCAUAUUUGAAUACUUCCUUAACUGUUGUGUAGCAUUUGCUCGUCCUGGGCUAAUGUGUUCCAGGUCUAGACAAUAUUUGAUAUUUUAAAGUUUUUCCCUCCUUCUCCCAAGAACGGAAUGUUCCCUGUUGAAGGACAGCAAUGACUUACGAGCUGCUUUUCAGAGCGAGCCGUUGACAAAUCUUCUGGAACCACUGCUUUUGAAAAAUAGAUGAAUUUCCUUUA